AGUUCAGCAGCAGAUCUUGAUGGACUGGUUGAAGGAUACAAUGAAAAAUGCUAGCAACGAUUAUAUCUUACUGUACAGAGCCUCCCGCAAUGGCUGGAAUUCAUCCAACUUUCACUCUUGUUGUGAUAAUAAGGGGCCAACAGUUACAGUGGUAAAGAGUGGAAAUUAUGUAUUCGGUGGAUACACUGAACAACUGUGGGAGUCCCACGGUAGGCCCGUAGACAUUACUAACCCUGUAACAAGCAACGGAAAAGAACAUAUAGCCCGCUUGCAGGCAAUAGUUUGUGUUUCAGGGUGGCGAUUAUUCAGUGGCCAUAUUAGACGGGUGGAAGAUGUGGAACGAGUGACAAGGCCUCCACCUAUCCAAUGUGGUUGCCAAAUAUUUGCCAUGCCAAACCCAUGGUUGAAACCACAAAUUACAGCCUACAUGCAGGCUAAAGUAAAGCACUGUUUUUGCUGUGAAAGCUUCAGGGGUUUUCAGAGAGGCUCCAGCCUCCUUCCUCUUCAGUUUCGUCAACCAUAGUGGUCUGCCACCGACAAAGAUGGCUUUGAAAGCUGGGAAAGAAGGUUAAGCCAUUUAUUGUCACAGUAACUAUGGGCCAGUAUUUGGAAAAGGACACGAUGUUCGGUUUGUCAAUGCACCAAAUUCCAACAGCUGUUAUGUAAACCUGAACAACACUUAUGAAUGCCCUGUAGGUCAGAAUGCUACUUCAUUUUUUACAGGAGCUCAGUCAUUUACUAUCCAAGAAAUAGAAGUGUUCGGUUUUGAAAAGUAAGAGGUUGCCCAGCCUAUUCACUCCCAAUGGAGACCAAACAAUAGUUUCUCCUUACACUAUUAAUAUAUUUGUGAGCAGAAAGGCAUUGAGAAUAUGGUAAAAUAUCAGUUAUGGGCAACUGUUUGAAUAAAGUUUAAAUUC